AUCCUGAAUAGGCCUGAUGGCAGUUCCCAGGGAAAGGGCUGUUCAUGCUCACUUGAUCCAGCCAAUACUCAAAGCCUACGGCUUGGGAUAUCUAGCCUUGACAACUCCAAGACUACUUGGGUUCAUUCCUCUACUUGUUAGCAAAAAUGCUACUUAUCGCGCGAAACUCGAAAAGCUACAUCGUAUCCUACUAGGUGGCUUGGGCUUGAACAAAUUUUCGACAUUUUGCGCCGUGCUAGUGGGGGGUUCGACGUGGUUACCUUUUCUGUUCUUUCGAUACAUCGCCCGCUCGUCGAGCCGCUAUUCCUCCAAAAACGUCGUUAGAAUCGUGCGGUUUGUUUCGACUUGUCUUUCAGGAUGGGCAGCUUUCAAUUUGCUGAACAAAAAGAGCGAGGCGCGUGGGCUGGCUGAAAGCAACGCCAUAGUCAAGCAUUCAAAGAAGGAACGUCCGUUGGAUGUCCCUCAAACACAAACAUGCCGACCAGUCCUCGCCGGAAGAUCGCUAGACCUUACGCUCUUUACAUUCACUCGAGCCGCUGGUGUGAUAGCUUCUCUAGCCUGGACUGAAUGGGAGAGGAGACGUAAAAGCAAGGGCAAAUGGUCACCCGUUGAGACAAUUGCCCCGCGACUUGCUGAUGCUGGGCUCUUUGCUGGCAGUGCUGCUGUAGUCAUGUGGGCGUGGUUUUAUGCACCGGAGAGGUUACCGCGCUCCUACGAAAAAUGGAUUGGAGAGGCCGCCCAAGUCGAUGGACGACUAAUUGAAGCUCUCCGGCGAGCGAGGAGAGGCCAAUUUGUUUACGGGAAGGAUACAGGGCAAGCACCUCUGCUCGAGUCUAUGUGUGAAGACUACGGUUGGCCGAUUCAUUGGGGUGAUCCCGCUGUCACCGUGCCAAUUCCUUGUGAAAUGGUGCAUAUGGGAUGUGGUCCAAAUUGCGAAUGGCAUGCGCUAUCUCGGUUUAUACGCUCAUUCAAAUUUGCCAUGCUCACCAAUCUUCCCUUACAGCUGAUUCUUAGAGUGCGCGCUAAACAGCCAGCGACUACUCUUAAUCGAGCCGUCAAGGACGCAACACGUUCGUCCACUUUCCUAGCAUUGUUCAUUAGCCUAAUCUACUAUGGAGUUUGUCUAUCUAGGACGAGGCUCGGUCCCAAGAUCUUCAGCUCCAAGACUGUAACGCCUAUGAUGUGGGAUUCGGGUCUCUGCGUGGGCGCCGGCUGUUUUAUGUGCGGUUGGAGUAUAUUGGUGGAAACCGCUCCACGAAGGCAGGAGAUUGCCCUGUUCGUAGCCCCGAGGGCAGCGGCAACGAUACUACCCAGACGAUAUGAACGAAAGUAUUUGAUGAGGGAGCAAAUAGCAUUUGCUUUGAGUGCCGCUGUGCUGCUAACAUGCGCCCAGGAGCGUCCUGACGUGAUUCGAGGAGUCUUCGGGCGACUUCUCUCAUCGGUCUUCGUAUAAAAGACGAUGGAUGCCUAGACGGAUGCUGGAUAAGGAUUUCCAGUAUCACUGUGCUAUUAUUUCGGUUGUUGCUAGCAGUCUGUUCUUCCACCAAGGGCAGGGCUUCUGGCUUGGUUUCGCUUUUGUGUAUUAGUACCGUGUAUGCCUCACAUAGCAUAUAGACAGCUAUAGAUAAUCUUAUUG